UUCUGCAAGUGGUUCACAUACUUUUUCUUGCCACUGUAUGAGCCUAACACCAUGUCUUCAUCUGAUGCAAACAGCAUGUCACAUCCCAUCAAAAGCAAAUAGAACUUCUUUUUCACAAAACAUUUGGAGUGUUUCACAAAUGCAAAAACAUAUUUUAAGAAUCUGAUGAAGAAUCUGAUGCUGAAAAACUGACAGAAUUAGAAGAUAUAAAAAUGAAGCUGUAUGUUUCCAAAGCAUGAGAAGCGUCCCGUUAGCUCAACUAAAGGGCAUUACACUAGAGACAAGUUCACAGGUUCAGUGACAAUGUCUGUUUCCAGUAAACAGAUAAAAAUAUAUACAUUGAAUUCACUGUUGUUACAAUACAGAAGGGUCGGAGACAGAAGAUGGCAGAGAUGGUGACUUUAUUGAACAACAGCAGAGUAAACAGUAGUGCAGGUGAGUAUAAGGUGUAACUUGCAGGUGAAUGGUGAGAUGAGAGAUGAUGAUACUGUCCUUUUGUGUUGAUUAGGUAAAGAUCCUGGAAGACGGUGGUGAAUGAGCUUGGCUGAAGACUGGAGACACUCACACACAGACUGGGAACACGAGGAAAUACUUGAAAGCGCUGGAGACAGGUAAGUAGGUAGUUGGGAGUCCUUGAGGUAAGCAUGUAGGUAUGUCUAGAUGCGAACGAGACCGGACAGUGACUGAUUGUGUGUGAGUGUCUUUUAUGGUGGAGGUGAUGAGUGCGCUGAUGAGGUGCAGGUGCUUGUGAUCAGUAUUCCAGAGUUGGAGUGCGCUGUGAUUGGUGGGUGAUGGAGCCUGGCGUGUCUGUGACAACUGUAAGUCACUUUGGAUAAAAGCAUGAUUUUCCCUAUGAAUUAAUUAAUGUAAAUGUAAAAGAAUCUGUGAGAAGCAACAUGUAAAAAGACUUUUAAAAAUACAAUUGUAAUCAUUGUAUCAUCAUAUAGUCAAGCAACAUACAGCCACAUUCAAGAACUGAAGAAAGAGAGAGAGAACCAGAGAUGGAACUGGAUAAAACCCUGAUGGAACCAGAUGGAGAGAGAGACCUGGAGAGAAAAGAAAAAGAACUGAAGAGAAGAGAGAUAGAAAUGGAUGAAAGACUGAUGGACCUGGAUAGACCAUCCAUGUGCUGCUUAAUAAGAGAGAGGAAAAUAGCAAUGAAACCAGAUAUUAGAGAUAUAGAACUGGAGAGAAGUCUGAUGGACCUGUAUAUGGAACUAUAUAGAAGAGAGAUGGAACUGGAGAGAAGAGAGAUGGAACCAGAUAUUAGAGAUACAGAACUGGAGAAAAAAGUGAUGGAACCAAAUAUAAGAGUGAUGGAACCAAAUGUUAGAGAGAAAGAACUGGAGAGAAGAGAAAAAGAACCGGAUAUUACAGAUACAGAACUGGUGAGAAGAGAGAUGGAGCCAAAUAUUAGAGAGAAAGAACUGGAGAGAAGAGAGAAAGAACCAGAUAUUAGAGAGAUAGAUCUGGAGAAAAGAGUGAUGGAACCAGAUAUUACAGAGAUAAAACAGGAGAGAAGAGACAGAAUACUGGAGAUAAGAGAGAGAGAACUGGAGAGGAGAGAGAAAAAACUGGAUAGAAGAGAGAGAGAACUGGAUAGAAAAGAGAGAGAACUGGAUAGAAGAGAGAAAGAACUGGAUAGAAGAGAGAGUGAACUGGAUAAAAGACUAAUGGACCGGGAUAUAAUACCAUGGUGCCGGAAUAUAGAAGAUGGAGAGAAAGAACUGGAUAGAAGAGAGAGUGAACUGGAUAGAAGGGCUGGAGGACUGAAACCUGUGCGAAGUAGCAGCAAUGAAUUACUGCAUCCUAACUUCCUUCAGUUCAUUCAGUGCCCGCAACAGAGCCAGAGCCAGCAGCCUCGUCUGUCCCGGAGGAAGAGUCUGAGCUCCCGGCUGACCAGGUGUGUGAGCUGGCCAUUACAUUUGGCCAGUGGGUAUAUUAGUGGAAUUGAAAGAAGAGGACUGGUUUAUAGGCUGGGGACGGAGGUAGUGCUUCCCACCCUGAUCCCCACCCACAAACCUCUUCUGCCUAUGGAAGUCCUACAGAGCACAGAGUGUUUUUCAUUGCCAUUGGUCCCUUCCAGCACAGUCUGUUCUUCAUGGCCACUGGCGAUGAAUGAUAAUAAUGACAAAAAAAAUCUUUUCAUUGUUAAUUUCAGCUUAAUUAUUUGCAUGAUGAUGAAUUACUGGUAAUAGGGUUACUGAAAAACUGGUUAGCUAGGGUUAGCACUUAGCAGCAGUAUGUAUUAUGUAGUGUUAGCAUGUAUUAAUGCAGGCUGAAAUGGAAUAGGUGGUACCAAAUGAUGUGCACAUCACCAGCGCCACCGCUUGGCAAGUUUUGGUACUGUGUGUCUUGCUUCCUUCCUGUGGGAAGCCUCCAUCAUAAGAGAGCCAUCAUAAAAGUAAUCCAUACGGCUCCAGGGGGUUAAUAAUGGCCUUCUGAAGUGAUGUGUUUUUGUAAGAAAAAUAUCCAUAUUUAUAACUUUAUAAAUUAUAUUCUAUAGCUUCCGGUAAUAGCUGUAUGUGAGUCAGUUCUGGAGAAAGAGUCUGGGAUAAUUUUCAUAUUUGGGUUAACUCUUUAGUUUACCCAAUAAUGAAAAUUCUGUCAUUAAUUACUCACCCUCAUGUCGUUCCACACCUGUAAGACCUUUCUUUCGUCUUCAGAAAAUAAAUUAAGAUAUUUUGAUAAAAUUCGAGAGCUCUCUGACCCCUCCAUAGACAGCAAUUUAAUUACCACUUUCAAGACCCAGAAAGUCAGUUAAAACAUCGUUAAAAUAGUCCAUGUGACUUCAGUGGUUCGAUCUUAAUUUUAUGAAGUGACGAGAAUACUUUUUGUAUGCAAAAACACAACAAAAAUAAUGACUUUAUUCAACAAUUUCUUCUCUCCCCUGUCAGUCUCCUACACUUUGCGUUUUACAUACAGUGCAGCACUUCCAGAUUCUACAUCAGAACAAUGACUCAGUAUUUAAAAAAAUAAGCCCUUUAAUGUUGUAAAAAAAAUAAACAAUUUAUGUUCUGUUAGGCCCUGUUUCCACCUGGUAUCAAGAGUUUUGGUCAGUCAAAUCACAAGUGGACGACGCUAAAUACAGGUGUAAACGAGGUCUAAAACGUUUUGUGCUUGUCCACUUUCGACCACUUCCAGAGGUAGUCGAAAACGCAUUAGACCGGAUUGCUUUUGUAGUGUAAAUGCUCAUGUGGUCAAAUGUGGUCAAACAGCCACACGCUGUCACAUAUAGUUUUGGUUUUGUGUUCAUGGUUUAUUUUGUUCAUGCUUCAUGUUUCAUUGCUUUGUUUGUUUCCUUGUUUGCCAUGUUGUCAUGUGAUUCCCAGCUCCUCAUGAGAUCAUGUCAUGUGCUUCCCUUGUCUCAUGUGUUAUGUUCUCAUUGGUUGAAUUAGUCAUGUGGUUAUCAGUUCUGUUCUGUAAAUGGUUCAUUGUCUUGAUUGUUCACAGGUGUUCCUUGUUUGUCAUUAGUCUCUUUGUAUAAAUAGCCCUCAUGUUUCAUUGUUCUCUGUUCUAGCUUUGUUCCCUGUAAUCCACUGUUUGUGAGUGUGUUUCUGUUCAAGUUUUUUUUAAGUAAAGCCACGUCUUUGUUUUGUAUUUAGUUCAUGUUUCUGUUUAAUAAAUACUGCACAUGGGUUCUCAA